GCUCCGGCAACUUGAUCUUAGCUGUUGUGAAAUUACUGAUAUAACUAUCGAAGAAAUUGCUAGAUCAUUCCUUAAUUUAAAAUAUCUUAAUCUGAGAGGGUGUUAUAUAAUUAGUAAAGAAGCUGUAGAUCAGGUCAUUUCACUUAAUCCCAAUAUCAAUAUCGUGAAUUUCGUGGAUACUAUAACGCCUUCUGAUCUCAUUGGAGUGAUUAUAAAUCAUCUUACACAGAAUAAUGUUGCUAGUAGACAGAUUUUAGCUCAGAGCCUUUUAGAUCUAAGAAGUAGCAUAAGAAAGAGAGGUCUUUUUAUCAUUGCGAGAUUAUAUGAUCCACAAGGCUUCUGUUACUCAGAUUUAUCAACCUCUCAAGCAUAUUGA